AUGGCUUCCACCGACAACAACAUAGUCCGCAAGGACUCUGCUGGUGCAGAUGUCGAGCGUGUUUCGUUAGACAAGCCCGUCAACGCUUCUGACAGAGUCGACAAGGAGCUUGCUCAGUAUACAUCUGACAUUCGAAUCAAUAUCUCGCCCGAGAGAAGCAAGGAGCUCAAGAAGAAGAUCGACAAACGUGUUCUCUCCAUCAUGAUCACGACUUAUUUCCUUCAGGCUAUCGACAAGGGAACGUUGUCCUUUGCUUCUAUCAUGGGCUUCCUCAAAGAUAACGGACUAGCGACUCCGACGGGCAAGGCGAAUCACUUGUACCCCUGGCUCACAACCUGUAUUUACAUCGCUAUCCUGAUCGUCGAGUACCCCCAAAACUACAUCAUUACCCGCGUACCGAUUGCAAAAUACUUGAGUUUCAGCAUUAUCGCCUGGGGUAUUGUCCUUGGCUGCCAUGCUGCCUGCAGCAACUUCACACAACUGGUUGUCGUGCGAACGUUGCUGGGUAUCUUCGAGUCAGCAUGCCAACCCGCAUUUGUGAUUCUUUCCUCUAUGUGGUACCGCAGAGAAGAACAGGCUGCUAGUGUGACUUACUGGUACAUGAUGAACGGUGCCCAGCAAAUUGUUGGUGGUCUCCUUGCCUACUGCUUUUCUCUCAUCCCCGCGGGCGGUGUCCUCAAGAGCUGGCAGUGGCUCUUCCUCGCGUAUGGCAUCAUCUCAGUCAUCUACGGCAUCGGCGUCGGCUAUUGGAUGCCCGACUCUCCCAUGCGUGCCAAGUGCUGGACCGAGCAGGAGAAGCACGAGAUGGUCGAGCGUGUCCGUGACAACCAGACCGGCAUGCAAAACCGAAAAUGGAAGAUGGAUCAGGCUAUUGAAGGCAUUAAGGACCCUCAGACCUGGGGAUAUGCUCUCAUCGCCCUUACCACGACGCUCCCAACGUCCGGUCUCGGUGCCUUCUUUAAUCUUAUCGUGAAGGACUUUGGCUUCAGUACGAUUGAGACGCAGCUUCUGGCCAUGGUUCUCGGCUUCUACAUCAUUUUCGUUCUCUUGACUUCGGCGUGGCUCGUCAAGAAGACAAACCAGAAUUUGCUGGUCAUGCUUUGCUUCUGCCUGCCAUCCUUCGCAGGGACUGCCGUUCUCAUGGCCGUCCCCAACAACAGCCUUGCCCAGAAAAUUGGACUGUUGAUCAGCUACUACAUCACUUUGUCCUUCUGGUCCGCCCAAACUCUCAACUUGUCCAUGAUUUCUCGAAAUGUUGCUGGGCAGACGAAAAAGUCAGUCGUUGUUGCAACCAACUUCAUUGUCUGGGCGGCUGGCAAUGCCAUUGGCCCGCAAGUAUUCUUGGAGCGAGAUGCCCCAAGGUACUUCAUCGCCUUCGCGACACAUUUGGGAUGCUAUGUGGUGCUUGUCGGUGCCAUCAUCUUCCUCCGAUUCUAUCUCCGUAGCCAGAACAAGAAGAGAGACAAACUGGCUGCUGAUGGUGUUGCUGAGGCUCGUGAUGAGAAUAUGACUCGUGCCUGGGAUGAUUUGACUGACAAGGAGAACUUGAAUUUCCGAUACGUGUACUAG